AUGGCUGCUGCAAAUUCAAGUAGAAAGAAGCGCAAAACACAGGAACCAACACCAUCAACCACUCAACCGAUAAUGCCCUUCCCCGCAAACCAUUCUCAUCCAAACACACCGACAUCAUCAACAACAUCAACGGCUGGACUCGCGUCCCAACUCCCGCAACUCGACGCGCCAGCAUUCAACCCGAAAGAUCUCCUGCUGUAUCCACAUCAACCCGUCGAAGCUUCGCCACGUGGUAAUAGAGUCCGAACUCGUGGUGGUCGAUAUGCAAAUGAAGCCAGAGCUCCACAUCCUAAAACACGAGAUGCGAGUUGUUUAUGUGGAUUGGGAUUUGACGGUGUUGAGUUUGUUAUUACGUGUCAUACUUGUCAUGAUUGGUUUCAUGGACGAUGUGUUGGAAUAAGUAGUACGACAGCACCUUUUGAAUGGAUUUGUCCUCAUUGUAGGCCGGCCAAUGCGAGUACUGUGCCUGUUGAAGCAUCCGGUCAGAAACGAAAGAAACCAUCACCUCCUGCUGUAUCAAAGCCAGCUACACCCAUACUGAAUAUACCGCCAACACCUUCGCGAACACCUACUCGAAAGAUUGCUGAAGAGGUUGAUGACGACGAUGACCUGUGUCCUGUAUGUGAUGGUGAAUGUACAUGCAACACUAAGCAGAGCUUCAUAGUCACUCCCAUUAUUGAAGUCGAAACUGCUACCAUGCAAAUGACUGCUAUUGGAUCACCGCAAACCAUAUCUCCAGCUCGUCGUGGUUCGCCCAAAACACCACGUGGUACUCGAUCGACGCGAGGCAGAUCAACGACUGCUCGAAAGCCAAAAGCAACUGCCAGUACUAGCACUAGUAGCACUCGUCGAGAUCGUAAAUCGACUAGUAGAACACCAGCAAGAAACUCGUCCAGUAUUGUCAUAGUAGAAGGAUACGAUUCGUCUGAAGAUGGUACAGAACAAUCUUUUGCUGCCGAUAUUGUGUCCGCCAUGGUUGGUUUAUCCGAGGAAGAAGACGAUGAUAUUGUAAUGGCAGACAAUCAUAAUGGUACUCCAAAUGAAGGUGUAUCAAAUCUAGAUCAAUCCAUGCUGCAAAUCUUGAUUAUGAAUAGUGAUGGUGCGUCGUCGACAGAUGAUGAUGCCAUGGAUUAUUACGAAGAUGCAUUGGAUCAUCCAACUGGUGGUAAAAGUAGUAGUAAUACUCAUCAUCAAAUGGGACAAAUGGAUCUGGACGAUACAAUGUCAUCGGACUUUGCUGAUGCUAUGAAUGGUGAUGCAUUCGGCAGCAAUAAGAAGAUCCAAAUCAAAUUUGAAUUAAAGGAUGAAGCAUAUGAUUGGUCGUCAGAGUCUGAAGUUGAAUCGAGGCCACAGCAAGCUGGUGGGAAAAUAUUAUCGUCAUUACGCAAGACUGUUGUUGCAGUUGGGAAACAAAAGAAGACACCUAAAGGUAGCAAAGGUGCUGCUUCAGCUGCUGGUAGCAGUAAUAGUGGGAAGGAUAUGGCAUUGUUAUCAUCUCUAGUCAAGGAAGAAGAAUUGGUAUCAUCUGCAUCGUCGACCUCGCCUUCAGUUGCAUCGCCACCACCAAAGUCACCCAAUAUGAAUGGGACGGCUAGUAAAGCUGCAGAUGGUGGCAAUAAGACGCCUUCGACCAAACAAGUCGACUUUAAACAAACUCAUGUUGCACCGAAUGGAGACAUUACCACCACAACAAAGAGCUUGACUGUUUCUGUAGCUAGUAAUCAGAAAAAGAAACCAGCUACACCAAGGAAGACUCCUAGUAGUGUCAGUAAAAGUAAAAAGAAUAAGAGUAAAAAGACGGAUCAAAAUGCUGCUUCCUCAUCAUCAACAAACAACAGUGCUAGUAAUACUGCCAAUAAUACUCCAGCACUACCGCAACCUCCACCACUCGCUGUUUCUGCAUUCUUGGCUGCCUUGCUAGAAUCUACAGGGAGUGCACCACUACCAAUGCCUGAUGCUAUACGUAUCAAGUCUGAAGAAGAAAAUGGGCAUGGGAAUAAUAGUAAUGCUACUGGUAUAUUAAAUGGCACUCUUCCAAAUGGUACUUCUUCGAACGAUACAACUUCUCUGGAUGGUAUUGUCGCUGGUGUGCAGGCUGCACUACAAGCGUCGCCAAUGUCAAGUGUGCUAGCCACAUUUGCUGCCAUUGCCAACGCAACUGGUAACCCAGGACUGAUUGCUGCCUUGACGACUGUAGCAGAGCUAUUGAUGGCCAAUGGAACUAGUGUAGAUAAUGGAGGUGAUGUUAAUCGAAUGGAGGAUGGUAUCGAGAAUGAUGUCAGUGGUGAUGAUACCUCCAACAACAUGAACACAUCAGAUGAAACUCCUGCUGCCAUUACGAAGGAAGACUCUGUAUCAUCAUCUGUAUCGUCUGCUGAUAAUCUAGGACUCUCUAUAGAAACCAGUACUGAAAGUACAACAACAACAGACAGCACUCCACAUACUCCCGCUACUAUAAUUACGGCUGAAUCACCCUUCAUGUCUGCACCCUUGAAGCUCGAUGAAGUGCUAGACACUGAUAGACUCGAAUCCGAUAAUUCUGAAUCUGUGGUUCGAGACACACCAUUAUCACCAGUAGCAGUAGCUAUAGCGCGAUGGAAGACUGUGCCAAUAGGAUCAUUCCGACGAUCACGUCGCACAUCAGUCCAUGGACGAACAUCAGCAGCUGCAUUAGCCACCGCAGUACGUCCCACUGUCGAAUCACCAACCAUGGGAAGCAGUCUCGGAGUAAACUCGACACUAGCAGAUCUUGGAGGAUCACCAGGCCUCGCCCCACUUCGAAACACGAUGAUUUAUUAUAAAAACGCAAACAACAAUAACAUCAAUCAUACUGGAACUGGUGGUGUUAGUAUGAUGGGAUAUGAUGCAGCACCGUCUGUAGCAUUAGGUGGAUUGCUGAAUGCAUCACCACUGUUUGCACCAUUGGAUAAUCGAGCAUUGAGUCAUGAUGAGGAUAAUUGUAUGCUGGUGUUCGAACCACCACCAUUGUCGUUGCCUGAAUCCAUGUCUACUACUACCACUUUUAGUGGUACUACAGGCUCGACUAGUAUGAUCCCGUUGAGUCCGCCACCUAGUGCGACCAAUAGCCCCGUACGUAAUGGUGCGAAGGGGAAGGGAAAAGUCUACUAG